AUGGACAGCGGCAGCGGACUUAACCUCAUCUACAAGGACACGCUCGACAAAAUGCAUAUUGACAAGGCCCGCAUCGAGCAAAGCAAUACCACCUUUCAAGACAUCAUCCCUAGUCGAGAAGCACGAUGUUCGGGGAAAAUCAAACUUGAUGUAGUAUUCGGCACACCUGAGAAUUAUAGGUCCGAGGAGUUGCUUUUCCACAUGGCUCCCUUCAAUAGUGGAUAUCACGCCCUUCUAGGGAGGGACGCUUUCUCACGCUUCCAAGCCAUACCCCGUUACGGGUACAUCAAGCUUAAAAUGCCGGGGCCCAAUGGAAUAAUCACAAUUACAAGUGAUCCAGGUAAAGCACUCCGCGCCAAAAAUAAAACUGCAUCCUUGGCCCUUGAGGCACUAUCCGAAGCCCUUGCGGCCGAAGAACUAACCACCCUGCGAUCCACGGUGGACAAGGAUGAUGUGAUCCUCGAUAAGAGACCCAAAUCCACCUCUUUCAAACCAGCAGAUGAAAUAGUUAAAUUUCAAGUGCACCCGACGGAUCCUAACAAAACAGCGUCCAUUGGAGCACAGCUGGAUCCAACGGUUGAUGCCGCCCUACGAGCGUUCCUGCGCGAAAAUUGGGAUAUUUUUGCCUGGCACCCUUCUGACAUGCCCAGGAUCCCACACAGACUGGCCGAACAUAGCCUCAACAUAAUCAAGGGGUUCAAACCAGUCAAACAAACGCUGCGGUGA